AUGGCUAACGACUAUGUUUCCUUUGUUCUGAAAUGGCUGCUUCUGCUUCUUCAACUUGUCUUCUUGAUUCAAACUGCUGAUUCUUCCUCUAUCGUCAAGUAUCUUCCUGGUUUUGAUGGCCCUCUCCCAUUUGAGCUUGAAACCGGUUACAUUGGUGUUGGUGAGAAGGAGGAAGUGCAAUUGUUUUACUACUUCAUCAAGUCCGAGAGGAACUCUGAAGAAGACCCUCUUCUUAUCUGGCUAAGUGGAGGACCUGGAUGCUCUUCCAUCUCUGGCCUUUUACUUGAGAAUGGGCCUCUGGCUAUGAAGCUUGAGGUUUACAAUGGAACCGUCCCAUCUUUGGUCUCUACUACAUACUCAUGGACAAAGACUUCAAGCAUAAUAUACUUGGAACAGCCUGUUGGAACUGGCUUCUCCUACUCUAGAACCCAUCUUGUUAACAAACCUAGUGAUUCAGGAGAAGCCAAACGGAUCCAUGAGUUUCUUCAAAAGUGGCUAGGCAAGCAUCAAGAAUUUUCCUCCAACCCUUUUUAUGUAGCAGGAGAUUCUUAUUCCGGUAUGGUUGUUCCGGCUCUCGUUCAUGAAAUCUCAAAAGGAAAUUACCAGUGUUGCAAUCCUCCAAUAAAUCUUCAGGGUUACGUGCUCGGUAAUCCAGUAACAGAACCUAAAACUGAUUCUAACUACCGUAUUCCAUAUGCUCAUGGUAUGGCGUUCAUCUCUGAUGAACUCUACGAGUCACUGAAAAGAACAUGCAAAGGAGAAUAUGAAAAUGUUGAUCCAAGUGACACAGAAUGCUUGAAACUCGUUCAAGAAUAUCAUAAGUGUAUAGAUGGAUUAAACCUAUAUAUUAUACAACUACCUUGGUGCACAACUGAGACUCCAGAUUGCUAUAUUUAUCGCUAUUUGUUAGCUACCUACUGGGUCAAUGACAAAACCGUACGCAAAGCUCUUCAAAUCAAUGAGGAGAGUAUAGAAGAAUGGAUACGAUGUAACUGGGAUCUUCCUUACACUAAUGACAUUAUAAGCAGCGUACCUUACCAUAAGAACAACAGUAUCAGUGGUUAUCGUUCUCUCAUCUUCAGUGGGGAUCAUGAUAUGGCAGUGCCUUACCUUGGAACCCAAGCUUGGAUAAGGUCUCUCAACUAUUCUAUUAUUGAUGACUGGAGGCCAUGGAUGAUCAACAAUCAAAUCGCUGGGGAGGUGGGCACACGCCAGAGUACAAACCAGACGAAAGCUUUAUCAUGUUUCAAAGGUGGAUCAAUGGCCAACCUCUGUAAAAAAGGAAAUUAA